ACACCGAGCGUCGCAGUUCGCCUGUCUCUUCCUCCUUUCCGACUUUUAUCAAUCCUGCGACUGAGGUGUGCUCGAUGGAGGAGCCGAAGAAGGGAGUGUCGUCGGAAUUCUCAACGCGGAGCGAGGUGAAGGAAAGCAGGGACUGGCGAGAUGCGACGGCGCUUGAAAACAUAGAUGAUAUUGCGAUCGAAACGGGCGAUGAUAAGUCUGGAUCAAUGAAGUGGAACGUGGAUGAUGCUGCAAAGUCAGACUAUGACAUUGGGAAAGAAGAUGAUAUGCUGUCGAGAGAGUUUGGGAGUGAUUCUUACAGUCCACGACCACCCUCGAGGCCGUUUUCCGUCACUGGUCCACAUAAAGGACGCCGUCGUGUACAUCCGAACCUUUCUCCCGCUAUAUGGCGAUUGAUCAUCUUCCAAGUCGCAUUCGCAAGUAUGCAACUCCUUACAUGCAUAUCAACGCUCGUCGAUGUUAUUAGCCGACGUGCUCAGCCUUCUCCCUUGGGUACACAACAUUUUACCCUCCUGUUUGUAGCAUGGGGCCCCGUCAUCGUUUUUGGUCGUCUUCCUGAGGUUCGCCAACGCAUAAUAACAUGGCCGUGGAAAUCAUGACAAGAAUCCCACUACCGAUAUCUAUACAUAGAUUGUACUAUCUAUUCGUCUUACAUGAAACAAUAAAUCCAGGUUUAAAGAU